UAUGUGAAAUUUGUGCAUUUCAAUGUGUCUCUCACUGCGUAGGCACUUUUAGCAAGACGGAUAUGUUUAAUUUACUUUGGUGCCUAUAGGAAGUGCACUUUCUACACCAUGAUAAUAUCACUAAUUCGUAUGCAUGCGUUUUGUGUCUGUUUAAGUGAGCGUCCUAUGGUUGUGCAAUCACAUAAACUAGCUUAUUUUUAGCUAGCCUUACGAUUUUUUCUUUACUUCGUUCGACGAAGAGUAUUAUCAACUCGUUUAUGAACUGCGCAAAGAUGAAGAUUUUUGUCAAGUGUCAAGAAUUGCAUGCGCUUUCCGUUGAGGAUUGCGAUACUGCCGCGUCCCUAAAGUCUCAGUUGGCGGCUCGUGAAGGUAUCAAAGCCGACGAGGUCGUCCUCAUAGCUCGUUCAGGCCGUGUCCUUGAAGACUCUCAGAUUCUCAAGAACAUACUCGUAGAGGGAUCAUACGUUGAUGCCACCGUUGGACUACUCGGAGGUAAGGUGCACGGGUCAUUGGCUCGCGCUGGAAAGGUGAAAGGGCAGACCCCGAAGGUUGAGAAGCAAGAAAAAAAGAAAAAGAAAACCGGGCGCGCCAAAAGGAGAAUGCAGUACAACCGACGAUUCGUCAACGUUGUGACCACGUUCGGCAGGAGGCGUGGACCAAAUGCCAACCCUGGCGCUUCCUAAAUCGCUUGACUAAUGAUUCGCCGUGCACAUCAUUAAUGAAUAGAGGAUACGACGGAGCUCACAGCAAAUAGUAGCAACGGCAGCAGCACUUUCACCAGCGACUGCUAUGCCUGUGAUUCUGUUAUCAUGAGAGAAUAAAUCUUUUCUGGUUUCCUAACGAGGAAAGGAUUUGGUGAAAA